GAGCCCCGCUGGCGGAAAGACGCAGGAGCGACGCGCCGGAGGUCUCAGCGCGGUCCUGUCUGCUCGGACUCCGGCUGGCUGGGGAGCUGAGGUCGACCAGGCGGCACCUCGGCAGCCCUCCGCAGGCUCCGGGGCUGCGGAUAAAAAAAACGCAGGAAUCUCGGCGCAUUACGCAGAUCGGACGCCUGGAUGCGGAUCAGUGGCCUGCGGACGGAGAUGCGAUAAGUACGGCAUGUUAGCGCCGAUCCACGGCUGUGCUGUGUGCGUCAGUGCAGAUUGUGUUGCAAGAGGAGAUUGAAUGCCUCUAAAAUCUCAAGGCUGUGAGCCCUGUGCAGGGUGAUGAUGAGCAGUCAGGGCGGCAGCAGCAGCAGCAGCAGCAGGGCAGGUGGGCAGCAUGCGGACACGCCUCCCCCUCGCCACGCCCCCGGACCCAAGCUGCAGGUGCAGCGCUCGCUGUCCCGCGACACCAUCACCAUUCACUUCUCUGCUCUGGGGAAGGAGGAGGACGAUGAGGAGGAGGAGCUCUACGGGGUGCCCGUUGGAUCUGCUGCAGCUACGUUGGUCCUGGACGGUGCGGGGGGGCUUCAAGGUGCAGCGGCUGAUGACCAGAGCGUGGCCACGGGCCUGGAGGCCAGAGAGGAGCUGCUGUUUGAGGCCGUCGGUGUGGAGGUCUCCUCUGGAGCCGCUGUGCUCCCCGUUUCAUCCACCACCUUGUCGGCGCAGCCCUCGGACCCUCACCCACACACACCCUCACCUGCCAUGACUAUUGUCUCCACCUCCACCCCCUCCCACCUGAGCUCCACCCCUCCUGCCAGCUCCUCCUGGCCCUCUGACAGACCCUCGGCCACUCCGCCAUCUACAAGCUCCAGCUCCUCUUCCCCUUGCAAGUCUGCAGCGCUGUCGUCCUCCAAGCCUUUCCUCAGCCUGGUCAGGUCUUUGUCCAACGAGGUUGAGUCUCGAGAAGCUGCUCCUGCGCUCUCCACCGUCGCACCAGCGCACGCACGCCACCGACACUUAAUGAAAUCUUUUGUUAAGUCUCUGUCCACGGACACCUCCAAGGCCGAACAUCAGGAAGGGCCUCUCCAUCCGUAUCUUCAGCAGCAGCAGCAAGUUCAACCGUCCCAUCGGCCUCCACCUCGCAACAUGCAGCUCUUCAAACAGUUCUCCCAACCCCGUUUGUCCUCCAGUCCGGUCAUCGUCACUCAGGCAGGUGGAGACUCCAAAACUGCACCUUCCUCCCCCAUCAUGUCGCCAGACGGUAGGUCCUUCUUCAAAGUCCAAGAGGUGGAGGCCAAGAUUGAAGAUACCAAGCGGCGGCUGUCGGAGGUGAUGUCGGAUCCCUUGCAGCUGUUUAGUAAGAUCAUGGGGGAGGAGUCUGGUGUGGGAGCUGCUGUAAGUGUGACUCAUCGCACCAAAUCGCUGUCCUCCAGCGCAUCGGAGCUCAGCGCGGUGACGGCGGUGAACGGACACGCAGAAGGCAGCAACAAGUACAGCAUCAAGGAAGAGGGGGCAGAAGGGGAAGAAGAAGAGGAAGAAACCCCAACAGGAAAAGGCCCCGACUCCGUUUUCUUCUCUUUCCCGUCCCUGGCACCAGCGCCGGCCCUCACCCAGGCCUCCUCCGCCCUCCUCCACAAGUCUCCCUCCCUCACCCUGGGCCGAUGCUCCAUGUCGGCCCUGGUGGCUCGGCAGGAGGACGAGGAUUUCUGUGAGCUGUACAGCGAAGACUUUGAGAUAUGUACUGACACGGAGACACCAGACGGGGAUCGCUCCGGGUCCCGGCAGCCCCAUACUGGUAGCACUGGUUUGUGCAGCGAGCUGGACACGGAGGAGGAGGAGAAAGCAGAGGUGGAGGUCCAGACUGUGCCUGUGACUGGCCUCAUCUGCUUGACUCAGUUGGUGUACUGGUACCUGGUCCUUCCGGUGCCGCCCGCCGUGUGCGCGGUGGUGCAUGGGGUCGUGGCGGGGUUCAUGUUGGCCCUGCUGGUGCUUUGGCUGUCUUCACCUCGACGCUCCUCAUCGGGGACCAGAGCAGAACCCUGGAAUGUGGCCCAGCUGGAUAUCAAGGAACCAGGAAUAUUCAAGGGCUGGAUGAAUGAGAUCCACAGCUACGACCCAGAGAUGUACCACGCCACCCUGACCCACUCUGUUUACGUCCGACUGGAGGGCUCCGUCCUGCGGCUGUCCAAACCCAACCGGAACAUCUCCCGCCGUGCCGCACACAAUGAGCCGAAACCCGACGUCACGUACAUCAGCCAGAAGAUCUACGAUCUGACUGACAGCAAGAUUUACUUGAUGCCCCAGAGCCUGGCGAGGAAGAGAGUUUGGAACAAGAAGUACCCCAUCUGCAUCGAGCUGGCCAAGCAGGAGGACUUCAUGUCCAAGGCCCAGGGAGACAGGCCUGAAGCUGGGGAGGACAAACUACCAGGACUGAGUGAGAAGUUAGAACGAACUGAGAAGGGAGAGAAAGCUGAAGGAUGCGCUUUAGUAGAGGAGCCCAAAAGACCAGCGUCUGGAGGAGGAGACCUGACAAUCUACCUGUUUGGGAGGACGGGUCGGGAGAAGGAGGAGUGGUUCCGGAGAUUUCUUCUGGCGUCCAGGAUGAAGUCGGAAGGAAGAAGUGGAAGUCUGGCUGGAAUCUGCAAGAGUGCCUUCCUGCCCUCCCACAGCCGCAGUAGCAGCCUCCAGUCCGGUGGAGGCCUGGAGGCUGACAGCCGGAGCAGCAGCCGGGGAAGCCUGGAGGAGCUGCCUCAGUCCCAGCCGAGGCCCAGAGACGCCUCCGCCGCUCCGUCCUGUUGCUCCGCCGCGGGGACCAAGCAGAAGAUGCUGCUGGACUACAACGUCUACAUGGCCAAAUAUGUGAACCCCCAGGCGCCCCCGAGAAGCCCAACUGCCACCGACAGCCCCGGACACAGCCCGGACAGCAGCCCCAAAGCUACCAAAAAGUUACGCAGGAGUUCAGAAGAGACCGCAGAGCCUGAGGCCUGGGUCAACGCUUUCCUGGGAAGGAUGUUCUGGGACUUCCUGGGAGAGAAGUACUGGGCCAAUGUGGUCUCCAAAAAGAUCCAAAUGAAGCUCAGUAAGAUCAGGCUGCCGUACGUGAUGAAUGAGCUGACUCUGACGGAGCUCGACAUGGGCUUUUCCAUCCCUAAGAUCCUCCAUGCCUCCAAACCCUCUGUGGACCACCAAGGUCUGUGGUUUGAUCUGGAGGUCUCCUACACGGGCUCCUUCCUCAUGACACUAGAGACCAAGAUGAACCUGGCCCGUCUGGGGAAGGAGGGCGAGGGCCUCGGGGAGCACGGGAAGGAAUGGCCGCGGACGUACUGCCUGGCAGACAGUGAUGAGGAAUCGUCCAGCGCCGGCUCAUCGGAUGAGGAGGAUCCCCCAGAACUCCUCAGUGACAAGCCUGUUCCGCCGGGAGCCGAGGGCUAUGUGGGAGGCCACAGACCCAGCAAGAUCAUGCGCUUUGUGGACAAGAUAGCCAAGUCAAAGUACUUCCAGAAAGCCACAGAGACUGAGUUCAUUAAGAAGAAGAUGGAGGAGGUUUCCAACACACCCCUGCUGCUCACAGUGGAGGUGCAGGAGUGCCGCGGGACGCUGGCUGUCAACAUCCCACCUCCCCCCACGGACAGGAUAUGGUAUGGUUUCCGGAGUCCCCCUCACCUGGAGCUGAAAGCGAGGCCUAAACUGGGUGAGAGGGAGGUCACACUAGGUCAUGUGACGGAGUGGAUCGAGAAGAAACUGGAUCAGGAGUUCCAGAAAAUAUUUGUGAUGCCAAACAUGGAUGACGUAUGGCUACCCAUAAUGCACUCUGCCAUGGACACACGUUCAAAUGCCAACUUGAUUACUGUGACAAACGAUGCCUUGAAGGAUCCAGAACCGGAACCGGACCCCGAGGUCUCGGACAUGUGAAGACUGCUGGUCAGAGUGUACAUGGACGGACAUGUUAUCACCGUGACGAUGUCACGAGUCCCCGCCCCCACUCAGAAGGCGCCGGUGCAGCAGUGGGAUCGGCUCGGUCCGAUGUUUUUACCCACAGUCCGGUCCCACUGUCGCACCAGUCACGGAGCGCAAAACUGUCAAAACGUCCUGGUGAGAAGCGAGAGACUGGACGAGAACAGUGACUCACAGAUUGUCAUCCAAUCACACGGUUUUAUUUGUGUGACAUCAAAUGUUUUGAUUCUCUGACGAAAUCCAAUUCAUGGGCGGCGGAUCGACCAAUAGCCAUCUGAUUCCACCAGAAGAACCAUAAUACCUGUGAUGUACAGCUGCACCAAACGUGAUGGUUGUACAGUGUAAAACUCUUUGUGUGACGUUUCUAAUCGAGUGCUGCUGCGAGGCCACCAAGACGAGUGUGUGACCCUGAACGGGUGAACAGUUGAGGGAAUAAUGCUGAAAUUAGGUGAUGGUUUUGCUUAAAGCCCCAGUGAUUCUUAAUACACAUUUCACAGGGAUACCGACACCCAUUUCUGAACCAUACACACUGCUGCCUGUGCCAGCUGCCUGGCACCUUUAUGCAAACCAACCAAUGGCACAGUGUCCGUAGAGACACUGGGUUUGUUUUAAAUCACAACGGACGCCAUCAUAUCAUACAGCCUGUGUGCUUUUAACUGUGUGGUGGGGAUGAGGGGAGCUUCAGAGGGGUUCUGAGAGUUAAAAUCCAUCUGCAAACACAGCAGCUGAACAUUGCCCAGGUCUGUUGAAUGUAUAAAUAGGAAUGCAGCUCCUUAGCUGUGCGAGGAAAAGCUCAUUCACUGACAACGUGCUUCUAAGCGACAUGUUUCAAGCGCUCUUUUCGUGUUAUAUUCAGAGUUGAGCAAAAGUAAUAAUUUUUCUAUUUUUAUUGCCAAAGCAAUCUUUCGGUUUUUAAAGGGGAACUGUGUGAGGUGAUGAAUAAGCAAUCGGUUAAUAGUUGUGCUUCAGUGACGUACAGCCAAUGUUUUAUUGCUGGAAAUUCAGAAGACGUCUGCAGGGAGAGAUUCUUCUGGGCAGCAGGAGGCCAAAACUUUCACGACCACAGUAACGGAUCUGUAGCGGGGAAACCUGCUCUUUGAAUAAACAGCAUACCGGAUAUUAGCCAUAUUAUUUAAUGUUGUCAGCAGACAUCCAGCUAAUGAAUGCUCUAUUUUUGUUGAAUUAUUUAUUGAUUUGCUGUUCUGUGUUGUACACAUGAAAGAGGAAAACAGGAGCAGGAUGUCUGUACUCUGCCCAGCUUUACAGGUGACUUUUACUUUACGUGUUUUCUGUUCAGACAUGUGUGUUGGCAAGUGUAUGAGGCAUAAAGUGCCUUUAAAAUAAUCAAACAUUCCUCCAUUGUGAGCCACCACAUUUCUUGCAUCAGUUGAGGAAAGGGAGAAAACUUUGUCUUUGUGCCAUUACUGUGUCUGUGGAGACAGGCCCGUUUUGUUUUCCACGUUUCGGUGUUGUUCAUUUGCACAGUGAUGAAAAAUAUCAAACAUUGCUGUUGUGUUCAGUGAUGUUGCAGAAUGUUCUGGUUCUGAUCAUUGUGGAUCAAUAAAACCUUUUGCUUGGA